AUGAUUAUACCGACGGUAGUGCCAGAAGCAAAUGUAGUCGACCAAGGAAGCGAUAUGAAUGAACCUCAAUCAAUGGCAAAUACAACCGCAUUCCAUGAAUUAUCUGUAAUACAAAUCCCAGGCGAUGAAACAAUUCAACGAUUUGCAUCGAUUGUGAGCAAAAACAUUGGUGAGAACAAUGUCAGAGCAUCGCUUGGAGCAAUACUCGGCAACGAAUCAAUGUCCGCAAAAUUUGACGAGCCCCAAGCCACUCUUACGAAUGGAAAUGGCAUGAGUGAAGAUGACAUGCGAAAUAGCAUAGCGGUCAAUGGAAUGUCGAAGGGAGUGAUGACAAACGAUCAACCAGAUACAGCCAUCAGUGAAUAUGACGAAAUUAUUGUAACGAAUGCCUCAGAAUUGGAGACGAUACACGCCGAUCGACCAAAUAAUCUACCGGUUGUUGAUUUGACAAUUGAAAAUGUUAAAGCACAAAAAGUAAACAAUCAGAAGGAGAAAAAUCAAGUGAAGACGAAUCAACGAAAGAGAAAAAUUGCUGAGGCAUCGACAUUGAAUGGGAAUUCAAAGAAAAAACGGAAGAUUGAACCGCGUUUGACACAGAAAACCAUUCCGGAGUCGACUUCAGAAUCGCCGUUGAUUGAUGUGACGUCAAAAGGAAGAAAGAGUUCGAAACAAUCAAAGGGAGUACAUGUUCCGCCAAAUCAACGGAAUGAAACCAAAUCAACCGACGCUGAACAUCAGAAAGGAUCGACAUCAAACGGAAAAUCCAACACAAAAUGUGAAUUUUGUAAUUAUGUGGCCUAUCCGUCACAGUUGAUAGUACAUAGACGCAUUCACACUGGCGAGAAACCAUUUAUAUGCAAAAUUUGUGCGAAAGGAUUUACUAGAACAUAUGUUCUGAAAACGCACAUGCGAACUCACGCAAAUAAAUUUCCAUUCCAUUGCUCGAUUUGUCGACAAGGAUUCGCGGUGAAAUGGGAAAAGGAGACGCACGAGAAAAAUUGUAAUCAACG